AGAGCGAAAUAAGAAAAUAGAGGAUUGUGAUUAUUUUAUACGUGUUUCACGUUCACGAAGAAAAUCACACACUAACAUUGCGGAAUUCGUAAUUUUGGUAAUAUUCCUAACACGAUAAAUACGAAAAGAGCGAAUUUCAGCCAGUGCUUGCUCGACCAAUCGUUUCCAUUUAAUUUGUAUGAAAUUCUAGAAAUGCGGUUUUAAUUCGAAAUUUAGGCGAUUUAAAAUUCCCGGCGCGUAAUUCGCAUAUUGACAUUCUGCAUUCUAGGAAUUUCCGCAUGGAGAUAUUCAAAGUUAUAAAGGAUCGUCGGUUCGACGUCGUUGUGGUUGGGUCUUGCUUCUGCGAUUUGCAAACUUACAUUCGGAACCUCCCGAAACCCGGCGAGACUGUUUUAAGUGAAAAAUUUCAAAUGGAUUUUGGUGGUAAAGGGGCUAAUACUUGUGUAAUGGCAGCAAAAUUGGGUGCCAGGACCGCCAUGAUUUCCUCAAUUGGAGACGAUGUGUUUGGAAGAGAGACAUUGGCAAACUUUCAUAAGUUUGGGGUUCACACAGAAUGUGUUAAAAUCACUAGUGAUGCUGCAACUGGAAUUACUAAUUGCAUUGUUAAUGAGGAUGGAGAACCUUCAUAUAUAAGUGUUCCAGGUGCAGGCAAAUGCCUCUCAAUUUCAAAUAUAAACGAUGCAAAACACAUCAUCGAACAAGGCAAGAUAGUAAUCAGCAAUAAUGGUAUCCCACUAUCUACAGCAAUAGAGGGGUUGAAACUUGGCAAACACUAUGGAGCUAUAACAAUGUAUAACCCUUCACCCAAUCUGCAUGAAAUGCCUGAUGAUUUGUGCUCAAAUAUGGACAUUCUUUUGCUGAACACAACAGAGGCAACUACUUUGACAAAAAUCAAGGUUUCAGGGCCUUCUGAUGCUGAGGAUGCCUGUGCUUGGUUUCAUGACAAAGGUAUACAAUGUGUUGUCAUGACAAUGGGAAAGGAUGGUGUUGUAGUGUCUGCUGUAUGCUUAGAAAGUGCUGAUAAAGUAAAACACUGUCAACGACGAACUUACUCUUCCGAAAGAAAGUCUUUGGUUGUUUGUCUUCUCGUCUUCGGAAAAAAUGCAGUUUCUUCUAGCUAUUCUUCGAGGUGUAUGGAUGAAACUUGCUUCAUGUGGUUCCCUUUUAUAUUCGAUCAUGCUGUUUUCAAUCUUCCUAUUUACGUCAGAAAAAUGCGUGGUGCUUUUGGUGCUAAGGAUACGGUAAGGGAGCUUAGCUUGAGGAGGUAAUUGUUUACAAUUGUUGCAAAGACCUUGCUCGAAACUGAUAUUUUUGCCAAGGCCAAGGAAGAAUCAGAUUCGGUAUUUGAGGUAAUUCCGGUAGAUUCAAUUACCACCCACAACUGGAACAAGAGUUCUUUAUAAAACUUUUUGUUUUUUCAUAAAUUAACAUCGAAACCCACAUCAACAUGUUUGUUAUUUACAGGA